CAACAACAACAAUGACCAAUUCAUUAUUAUUACCGAAUAAAAUAUUAUUAAAUGUUUAUAUGCCAAAUCAACAACGUACUAUUGUUGAAAUUAAUCAUAAUCGUAAUCAGAAUAAUAAUGGUGGCUUACAACAUCCACAAACAAUACGUGAUGUAUUGAUGAGAGCAAUGAAAAAACGUCGUCUUACAACUGAUGUUUGUUAUGUUUGUUAUAUUGAUAAUGGGAAACCAAUCGAUUGGGAUGUUGAAGUAUCACGUUUAGUUAGUCGAAAUAUUGAAGUACGAAUUAUAUCACAUGAAAUACGAAGAGAAUUUUUUCCAUUAGCAAAUUGUGAUCUUUGUCGUAAAUUAUUAUUUCAUGGUUUACGUUGUCAAGCAUGUGGUAUACGUUAUCAUUUACGUUGUGAACAAUUGAUCUCACCAAUAUGUCGUGCUGGUCAACAUUCAAUACAACAAAAUAAAAUUGGUCGUCAUCAUUAUCGUAAAAAUCAAUCAAGAGGUAUCAAUGAUUUGAAUGGUAAUAAUAUUGGUACUAUUCAAAAUAAUGGUUCAUCCAGUAAUAGCGGUAAACAAGAUAUUAAACGUACUAAUUCUGAACCUGAUCGUAUCAAUACAAUUAUCAAUACUGAUCAAACAACAUCAACAACAACAAAACUUGAACAAAAUAAUAAUCAAAUUAUUAUUAAUCAUAAUAAUAAUAAUGCCAAUAAUAGUAAUCAUCAUAAUCAUAAUAAUAAUCGUCCAAGAUCAGCUGAUGAAAAAUUACAUAUCGAUUCGAAUCGUGAAUCAAUACGUGAUUGGGAAAUACCACAAUCAGAAAUUAUUGUUCGUGAAUGUAUUGGAUCUGGUUCAUAUGGUACAGUAUUUCGUGGACAUUGGCAUGGUUCGGUUGCAUUGAAAAAAUUAAAAGUUGCUGAACCAACACAGGCACAGCUUUUGGAAUUCAAAAAUGAAAUUGCCGUUCUGAGAAAAACACGUCAUGUGAAUAUAAUAUUAUUUAUGGGUUAUGUAUCGAAACCACAUUUAACAAUUGUUACACAAUGGUGUGAAGGUUCAUCAUUAUAUAAACAUUUACAUGUUAUGGAUACAAAAUUUGAAAUGAUACAAAUGUUUAAUAUUGCAAGGCAAACAGCACAAGGAAUGGAUUAUUUACAUGCUAAAAAAAUUAUUCAUCGUGAUCUUAAAUCAAAUAAUAUAUUUCUUCAUAAAGAUUAUACGGUUAAAAUUGGUGAUUUUGGUCUGGCAACCGUCAAAACUCAAUGGGAUGGUUCACAACGUCUUAAUCAACCAACUGGAUCGAUAUUAUGGAUGGCACCUGAAGUGAUACGUAUGGCCAGUAAUAAUCCAUAUACAUUUCAAAGUGAUGUUUAUGGUUAUGGUAUUGUACUAUAUGAAAUUGCAACAAGUCGAUUACCAUAUCAACAUAUAAAUAAUCCACAUCAAAUACUUUAUAUGGUUGGUCGUGGACAUUUACGACCAGAUUUCAGUAAAACACGUGAUGGUUUACCGAAAAAAUUUAUAAAACUUAUUGAAAAUUGUAUCGAUUAUGAUAUGCAACGUCGACCAUUAUUCAAUAAGAUUCUUGAACGUUUGGAUAAUAUACAAGUACCACGUAUAUUACGAUCAAUAUCGACACCAAAUCUAAAUGAAGAUUUUGUAUUUGGUAAAUCAUCAGCUGCCGAUUUUGUUGAUUUUGAUCUACAUGAAUAUCGUUCAAUGUUACCACAAACAACAAUAACAACAGCAACAACAACAACAGCCAAUAAUAAUAAUAAUGGUAACAAUAAUAUCGAUGAUUAUAUGGAUUGUAUUGAUGAUACCGAUGAUGAUGAUGAUGAUGAUGAUGGUGAUGAUACCGAUGAAACAUCAUCAUCGGUAUCAUCACCAACACAGCCAUUAUCACCACAACAAUUUACUACCACUACUAGUCGAUUGAAUAAUAAUAAUCAUCAUCAUGAUCCAUUUAAUAAUAAUAAUACUGACGACGAUAAUAAUAAUAAUAAUCAGCCAACUACAUAUUAUAUGCUUACACAGAUUUGAAACAUCAACAACAACAACAACAAAAAUUCAAUCAAUCAAACACACAACACACACAGUCAUUAUCAUUGAUAAUUAACAUUUUUUUUUUCUUUCUGUCUACACAACA